AAACGUUAGUACUAAGGAUCCAGAGAUCUGCAUUCUACAAUUACGCUUAAAUUUGAGAGAGAGAGAGAGAGUGUCUCUGCUCUAAGAGGCAGAUCUUUAUUUGCUCGCUUCUUCGGCCAAUUCGACUCUCGCUUCUCUCGUAAUUCCUCUGCGGUUCCGACGAUCUCUCGAUGGCUCAGCCUCUCGUGAAGAAGGAUGACGAUCGAGACGAGGAAGCGGAGUACUCUCCGUUUCUUGGGAUUGAGAAGGGUGCAGUCCUUCAAGAAGCUAGGGUUUUCAACGACCCUCAGCUUGAUGCAAGGCGAUGUUCGCAGGUCAUUACAAAGCUCCUUUAUCUUCUAAAUCAGGGAGAAACAUUUACAAAGAUUGAAGCUACGGAGGUAUUUUUUGCUGUCACAAAGCUUUUCCAGUCCAAAGAUAUUGGAUUAAGAAGAAUGGUAUAUCUGAUGAUAAAGGAGCUCUCUCCAUCUGCUGAUGAGGUUAUCAUUGUCACAAGCUCACUCAUGAAGGACAUGAAUAGCAAGACUGAUAUGUAUAGAGCAAAUGCUAUUCGGGUCCUUUGUCGGAUCACGGAUGGAACUCUUCUGACGCAAAUUGAGAGAUAUUUGAAACAAGCCAUUGUCGAUAAAAAUCCUGUGGUUGCCAGUGCAGCCCUCGUUAGUGGUAUCCAUUUACUCCAGACAAAUCCAGAGAUUGUGAAAAGGUGGAGUAAUGAGGUACAAGAAGCUGUUCAAUCCAGGGCAGCACUUGUGCAGUUCCAUGCCCUUGCUCUGCUCCAGCAGAUCCGGCAAAAUGAUCGAUUAGCUGUUAGCAAGCUAGUUACCAGCUUAACUAGAGGGACUGUUCGUUCACCUUUGGCUCAGUGCCUCUUAAUUCGUUAUACUAGUCAGGUUAUCAGAGAGUCUAGCAUGAACAACCAAACUGGGGACCGCCCAUUUUAUGACUAUCUUGAAGGUUGUCUUCGCCACAAAGCAGAGAUGGUUAUUUUUGAAGCAGCUAGGGCAAUUACAGAAUUAAGUGGUGUGACAAGUAGAGAGCUGACACCAGCAAUUACUGUUCUGCAGCUCUUCUUAAGUUCUUCCAAGCCAGUGCUUCGCUUUGCUGCAGUCCGCACUUUGAACAAGGUGGCAAUGACCCAUCCAAUGGCUGUAACAAACUGCAAUAUAGACAUGGAGAGCUUAAUUUCAGAUCAAAACAGAAGCAUAGCCACUCUAGCAAUAACCACACUGCUGAAAACUGGCAAUGAGUCCAGUGUAGACCGGUUGAUGAAGCAAAUAACAAAUUUUAUGUCAGACAUUGCUGAUGAAUUUAAGAUAGUUGUGGUGGAAGCCAUUAGGUCUUUAUGUUUGAAGUUCCCACUCAAAUACAGAUCUUUGAUGAAUUUCUUGAGCAAUAUUUUGAGGGAAGAAGGUGGUUUUGAGUACAAGAAAGCAAUUGUCGAUUCAAUUGUUAUUCUUAUAAGAGACAUCCCAGAUGCAAAAGAAAGUGGGUUGCUUCACCUGUGUGAAUUUAUUGAGGAUUGUGAAUUCACCUAUCUUUCUACACAGAUACUCCAUUUCCUUGGUAUUGAGGGGCCAAAAACAUCCGAACCCAGCAAAUACAUACGGUACAUUUACAAUCGAGUAAUACUUGAGAAUGCCACUGUUCGGGCUAGUGCUGUCAGCACAUUAGCGAAGUUUGGUGCUAUGGUUGAUUCUUUGAAACCGCGUAUAUUUGUUUUGUUGAGACGCUGUCUCUUUGACAGUGAUGAUGAGGUUCGUGAUAGGGCCACUUUGUAUCUGAAUAUGCUUUGUGGGGAUGGUGCCAUUGUUGAAACUGAUAAAGGUGUGAAGGACUUCCUCUUUGGGUCACUUGAUGUGCCAUUGGUCAACCUGGAGACAAGUUUGAAGAACUAUGUUCAAGAACCUUCAGAAGAGCCAUUUGAUAUCAAUUCUGUACCUAGGGAAGUCAAAUCUCAGCCACUUGUGGAGAAGAAGGCCCCUGGUAAAAAGCCAACUGGCUUAGGUGCUGGUCCUUCUGGCCCUACAUCCACUGUUGAUACUUAUGAGAAAUUGCUGUCCUCUAUCCCAGAGUUCUCAAGCUUUGGGAGGCUUAUCAAGUCCUCGGCACCUGUGGAGCUUACAGAGGCUGAAACAGAAUACGCAGUUAAUGUUGUUAAGCACAUUUUUGAACAGCAUGUUGUGUUCCAGUACAACUGCACAAAUACAAUUCCUGAGCAAUUGCUUGAAAAUGUCACUGUUAUUGUGGAUGCUUCUGAAGCUGAGGAGUUCGAUGAAGUUGCAUCAAAGCCCUUAAGGUCUCUUCCAUAUGAUUCACCGGGACAAACUUUUGUGGCAUUUGAGAAACCAGGAGGAGUCCCUGCAGUUGGAAAGUUCUCAAACAUGUUGAAGUUUAUUGUGAAAGAGGUUGAUCCAACAACUGGUGAGGCUGAGGAAGAUGGUGUGGAAGAUGAGUACCAACUGGAGGACCUUGAGGUUGUUGCAGCGGAUUAUAUGUUAAAAAUUGGGGUCUCUAAUUUCAGGAAUGCUUGGGAAAGCUUGGGUCCAGAUUGCGAGCGGGUAGAUGAAUAUGGUCUUGGACCAAGGGAAAGCUUAUCAGAAGCUGUAAGUGCGGUCAUCAAUCUUCUUGGCAUGCAGCCCUGCGAGGGAACAGAGGUUGUCCCAAGUAACUCAAGAUCACAUGCAUGCUUACUAUCUGGUGUGUUCAUGGGCAACGGAAAGGUGCUUGUUCGGUUGUCUUUUGGAAUAGACGGGCAAAAGGAAGUUGCGAUGAAACUUGCUGUCAGAUCUGAGGAUGAAUCCGUGAGCGAUGCCAUUCACGAAAUUGUGGCAAGCGGAUAGGUGGAUUCUUCAGGGAUUUAUUCUACUGCGUUUCCUUUCAAAUGGGGUUGAAAAUUUAUAUAUCUUUAAACGGGUAUUACUAGCUUUGAUAUAAAAUGCCGGUCGCUCUUGACUUGGAAGUUCGGCUUGCGGAGAGGCUGCUUUUAUUGUGUUUUUGUUUUUUUUCCCGUUUAAAAGAAAUUGUGUAGGUAUGAAUGUUCAAUUGCUUCUUCCUCAGAAAUAUCAGAUGAAUUUUGAAACAGAAAUAGUACUAUUGGAAUUCGACGUAUUCGUCAUUUUUGUAUUCA